AUGACACAAUGGGAGAAGGAAGAUGAAAUCUUAGCUCGUGUAUAUGCCUCUAAUAGUGAAAUAAUGACUUAUCUCUCUCAAGAGGCAGAGCAGCCAAAGCGUAUUGACUCAGUUCCUGGUCAUUUGAUGAUCAAUCGCGGGAGGGAAGAAGGUAAUUCUCGACUCUACAAUGAUUAUUUUUCUGAUAAUCCUACAUAUGGUGCAAAUCUAUUUCGUAGAAGGUUCCGGAUGCAAAGGAGUUUAUUCCUUCGUAUAGUCAAGGCGGUACGUGAGCAUGACAACUUCUUUGUACAAAAGAUGGAUGGUGUCGGCAAUUUUGGGCUAUCAACUUUACAAAAAGUAACAACGGCAUUUCACAUGAUGGCGUAUGGAACAUUAGCAGAUAGUACUGAUGAAUAUAUUAGGAUCGGUGAGCCAACUGCAAUUGUAUGUUUAAAGAGAUUUAGUAGAGCAAUUGUAGAAGUAUAUGGAGAUGAAUAUCUGAGGACCCCCAAUGUCGACGAUGUUGCAAGGUUAUUGCAAAAGGGUGAAGAAAGAGUUUUCCAGGAAAGGCAAGACAAUACUUAG